GGUCAAUUUGCUUUGUUUGUUGAAUCGUUUUUCAGCAAUAUUUUCCAAAUUUUAAUCUAAUUUAGCAUCUUCUAUUUGUUUGUUUUUGUCAGAAUUAGUAAGAUUUUGAUCAUACAGUGUUGUUAGAUUUAAAUAAGGAGGUUUUGUGUUAUAUUUAUUACUUGUAGUUUACGUGUUUACAUAAACCUAUAUUUACCUCUUUCUGAAAAGGAUUUUAUUAGAAAUGGCAGAGAUUUUCGUAGAAUAUGAAAAGACGGACAGUGGAAGUCGGGUCUGCAGGCCUACACUAGCACAAGUGAAAGCAGUGGUUGAUUUUAUGCAAAAGCACCCAGACUUAGCCCACCGAAAACUGAGGUAUGGUGUUAGUCACCAAAAGUUCAAAAAACUAUGGAUAGAGUUAGCCAACAUUGCUAAUUCAAUCGAUGGUGCUGCUAAAUCGACUAAAGGCUGGAUCAAAUUCUGGUCAGAUAAAAGGCGAAGUAUUAUUAACAGACAAAAACAGAUUGAGCAAGGAAAGAUACAGGGCAAGCUGUCACCCUUGGAACAAAAAAUCCUAGACCUCUGUGAAAGCAAAACUACAUCAACUAGAAAGAAAAAAGGUGUAAAACAGGAGCCACUCAAUGGUGAUGAUGAUAAUGACUCCCUUGAUGAUGACCUUUCAAAGGAUGAUGAUGAAUUGGACAAUUUAUUUGGGAGUGAAAAUGAUGAGCGACAAUUAAAUAUGAUGGAAAAACUGGUAGAUGUGAUGGGUCAGCAGGCAGCAGCUAUGACGCAGAUGGCCCAAGCUCAAAUGGAUAACUCAAAGUCACUAGAACGGUUGGCAGAAGCCUCACACAUACAGGCAUUGGCAGUGGACAGAUUGGCUGGCACAUUCGAAACUAUAACUUCGACAGUACAUGAUGUCAGGAAUGCUCUUCUUGGCAUCGACUACACAAUGAAGAGGUGCUACCCUGCAACGGCAUCACAGCGGCAGAAUUCUAAUAUAUUUAGCUAGAAUAAAAUCUACCAUAUUUAUUUGGCAGUGAUAUGAACAAUAUGGGGAAAUGGGUGGCCCUUGUGGUCGCCGUUUUAUUUGUUGUAAGAAUAAGGGUGGGUUGCACCAUCUAACUUUAACUGUGACAAACAUCAAAAAUCUGUCAAACUCCAUAUAAAAUACACCGGUUAUCGUAAUAGUUACCAUUAAAGUUAGGUGGUGUAACUCAGCUUAAGUCAUGAUUUAAAUAACAGUAUUAGUGGAUGAUGUUAGAUCUCUAGUCUCACAUCAGAAAAUCACAAAUAUUAGGUGAUAUCUAAGUAACUAUCAUAAUAUUCGAGUAGUCUACUUGCAAUUCCCACUAAGUUAACAACUAUGAAGUACAAUCAUAGUU